AUGAAGACAGCCGCUGCCACCGUCAUCGUCGCCGUGUUCUCCGCAGGCUUGGCCAGCGCCUGGCGCACGCGCCCCCUCCCGAACCAGGGCGAGAAGGGCUGCGAGACCCACGCCGACUGCGGCGGCUGCGAUGGCAACGCCGACCUCGACGCCAUGUUCCAGGACGGCGCCGCCAACGGCUUCGGCACCAAGACCUGCUACACCUGCAAGAAGGUUUGGCACACUGAGGGAAACUAUGAUGGGCCGUCCAAGAAGUGUCUCGCCCAGCAGUACUCCGAUUGGGAACUCGAAUGGAUCCUGAAGCAGCUCAUUGCUGAUCGCGACGACGCGCCCCGCGCCGAGUACUAA